GCUUUCAAAUUUUCUUCAAAUCGUGGGACAGAGAUUCCAAAUACAACGAUAGAAUGCCAAAAAUGUAUAAAAGCACCAAGAAUAUGAAAUUAUUUUUCCCAGGACGUCUACUUAUAUUACUUUCUGUAUUUGGGAUAAAACGAUCCAUAUGCAGUGUGUUUGAUUUGCUUGACUACGAAGAAAAUGCGCUGUUCAUAGAGUACAUAAACGAGGACGACCCGUCUGGAAUUAAAGAUUAUAUCAACACACAACAGCUUACAAUAUUUGUGCCACCCGAUGACGAAAUAAGAAAAGCAGGCACUCAUUUUGAGCUUCUCUAUCAUAUAACUAAUUAUGCAUAUACCAAUCAAACUCUUCCGAGUUCUAUUGUUUCACAGUAUCCAGGUGGUGUUAACUUAUAUAUCACCGAAAUUCUAGAUGAAGGUGAUGCCGAAAUUAAACAAAUUUUUGUUAAUACCGCUGAGAUUCAGCUGUCUUUGACAAAAUACACUGAAGUUUAUGUACAAGGAAAUCGAGUACCCCAGACAUUGUUUUAUAUAACUCGUGUACUGCAUCCCCUAGAAAUGAAGGUAAGGGCGGGCUUCAAGGAAGAGAUAUUUAGCGGCGUCCCCGGGAUAUACAAUGAUAUAAAAAUUUUGCUCACCCCAGACGUAAAUGCUUAUCGACUUUUGAUUUUCAGCCAGGAGUAUAAUCUUGGCGCCACGAAUAUAGGAAAAAGGAGGCAACUCUACAAUCAUUUCUUUAAGAAAGAUUUUGCAAAGCCGGGUCUAAAUACAUUCUUUGCGGUUGAGUCAAGAAACAUUAAGUCCAAAGAGAAAGUGACCGACGAAAUAGUGAGGGUUCAAACAGUUGAUGGUAGUAUAUUGAUGCCUCACGCUAUGAAUAGAUAUACGGUACAUGAAUGUAGGUGGCCUGAAGACGACAAUUGGCGGUUGCAGUAUCGCAUCUACCGCGUCGAGGAAGGGGACUUAAAACUCAGAGCAAAAAGGCAGAUUGCAGAAUAUGUGAAUGUAGAUAAACGUGAUGCUAUGGCCCAAGAAAACGAAAAUGAGGCCAGUGGUGAUCGACUACCACCAGAGCCAGCACCGCCAGCGCCAGAACCGCCAGCGUCAACACCGCCAGCGCCAGCAGCGUCAUCGCCAGCAACACCAACAGGAGCAGGAGCAGACAGCGUUAUUGAUAUCAAUGUAACAAGUUUUUUAUGCGUCCUAGGUUUUGAAUACGAGCAGAUAAGCGGUUAUGUCUAUGCAAAAUCUGAAGUAUUAGUUCCCCAUCGGUUUACUAGCAAUUUGACCGGUCUAUCUAUUUAUGAGAUUAAAAAAGGGGACGUACCUGUAAGAAAUGGUGUCGUACAAAUAGUUGAUAAUUUGAUGUGCCGAAUUAAUGAAACCAUAGUGGAUGUUCUAACGCGCCCAAGAAUAAUAAACAUGAAACACUUUGCUCAACUUGGGGAGACUCUUAAUCCUAAAUUGAUGGAAAAGCUAGACAGAUGGGAAUCAGACUUAACUGUAUUUAUUCCAACGAACCAGGCUCUUUCGAGUUCGUUUUUGAGAACUCUUAAACAUGGUGACAAAAAAAUGGAGGAUAUUUAUACUGGGCACAUAGUGGAGGGUUUAUAUGAUUAUAAGAGAAUUAGAAAAGCAUUUUUACCGGAGAAGAAAUUUUCGCUAAAAUCGAUUACUCUAGCAUAUAACAUUGAACUAAAAUUUUUCUUCAUUCCCAAUCCAAACGAUCCGUACAGAGAUAUUGUCGUCAUAGAGUGCCGUGGUCACAAUGCUACUGUGGAAUUGUUUAACAUACGAAAAACGAAUGGCAUGGUUCAUCUAGUAAAUAAUCUUUUAGGAUAUUACGCAGGCACAAUUUAUGAUAAAUUAGCGGACGACGAGUAUGAUCGGUACAGAGAUACUUUAUUUUUGGGCGAAUAUUCAGAUUUCAAUGAAGAAUUAAAAAAACGUGACAAACUCUACACGUACUUUGUUCCAAGCAAAUCGGCCUGGGAUAUGAUAGAAGAGCAAUAUCCUCCAGCUAAAAAGCAUUUGUUCAUGAAAGAAUUCACUUAUCACUCUCGCUAUCUUCUUGAACGUCAUCUUGUAGUUAAUGAUGAAUAUUUUAUGGAUGAUUUAGUGCAAAUGAGUAGAGUAAAAGGCGCACCAAUUAUUUUACCAGCUUUGAAGGGUUUUAUACGCAUUACAGCUAUCAGGAUAGGCGACAAUGAUUACCGUGUAACAUAUAAUUCGUUGGAGGUAAAGAUUCUUCACAGGGAUGUUCAAUGCGCCAACGGCAUUUUUCACGUCGUUGAUAAGCCCUUUUUGGAAAGAGGAGAUCUUACUAAAAUCCGCGAAAUUUCAAAAGGUGAACGUUUGUCGUGUGCAAGCUUCUUCGGAUUGGUGGCUACGAAAAUGCUUUUCUAUGAAUUGUGGUAACUCGUAGAAUUCGACAAACCAAUCCAGCGAAUAGAAUAUGGUGGUGAAAGUAAGACUGGCGGCAUUUGCAGACAAUUACAAUCAUUAAUAAUUGUUAUUGUUUACUGUUUAUUAUUUGUAUUUAAAAAUUGCCUCAUGUUUAAUUUAAAAGAAAUAAAUCUGAUUAUGCUUAUGUUGCCAUAAUGUAUUCGUAUAAUUCAGCCGGAUGCUAUUGCAAUUAAGUAACCGAACGCGUUCACAUGGAAAUAUAGAGAUUAUUAGAAACUAAAACUAGUUAUAGAAAUGUGGUUUACCAAUAUGGUAAGCCCAAGGGCAAAGAGAAGUCGAAGAUAAGCUGCAGGAUACUUAAUGAUGGGCGGUGGUCCACUGUAAUGUUGUUAUUUGCUUUUAUUAUAAUGAAAUAAGUGCUCGGACUAAAAGAAACAAAAGAUGGGCACUACUAGCUAGAAAUUUGUAUAAUACAGUCCCUGUCUAGUACCUGUGAUAAACAUUCUUCCGUUAGCGAAAAUGGAAGUAUCGAAAAUAAGUAAAGGACAUAGCUGCAACGCCCACAUGCCCAUACGAGAAAAAUUUUUAUUUUGAAAAUAUAAAAAAUCAACCGCGCCCAUUGCCUAUUUAUUAUAGAGCGUGAAAUAUAUAGUUAUUGUACUUUUUGGAUCCCGAUCGAAUAUAAUUUUGUUUAAUAAUUUCUUUUUGUUCUUAUAUA